AACUUUCUCGUUCAUAUCAUCCAAGUUUCCUGUCAGAUACUCAGCAGCAGCACACACGGAAAAGCUUAGCUUAAAUUUUCACUUUUCAGAGCUUCAAAGUUCAGGCUUUUAAAACAGUUUUUAAAUUACUACAAUGAAGAGAGGCAGAGAAGUUGGGGAAAUUGAGGCUAUGGCUAUGGCAAAUAGCUUGAUGUUGCUAUCCAAGGUUGGCCAAACCGACCCAUCAAAGCAUUACCAGGGUCGUGUCUUUGCAUGCAAGACGUGCAACAAAAGGUUUUCAUCUUUCCAAGCACUCGGAGGCCACAGGGCGAGCCACAGGAAGCCAAGGCUAACAGGAGGAUCGGGCCUUCAGGAGAUCCCUGUUUCACCUAAGAAGCAUAAGACCCACGAGUGUUCCAUCUGUGGCCUGGAAUUUGCCAUUGGCCAAGCUCUUGGGGGUCACAUGAGGAGGCACAGGGCUGCCUCAAAUGAAGGGCUGGUGACUCGGGAUCUGUUGCCAGAGAUGAAGAAGUCGAGCGGUGCUGAAACUGCUUUGUGCCUGGAUCUGAACCUCACACCUUGGGGAACUGAUUUGGAGUUGAAGCUGGGUAAGGUGGCUCCGACCCCUGUUGUUCAUUGUUUCAUAUAGGAUCUUUUCAUUGUUCUGGUUGUAAAAAAUAUGGUUCAUGUUUACCCAUUUUUUGUGGGGAUUUUUAGGCAAAUUUUCUUUACAUUUUUGCUUAUUGUAUACAUGUAUAGGCGGUGAAGAACUUAAUUUCUUGAUUCUUUUUAGUACGUAGUAGCAGCUUAUAAUUUGUUCUGUAGGCUCGGUUCUCCUCCAUUUUACUAUAUAUAUUGAUAAUUUUUUUUA